AUAUUUCCGUAUUCCGAUUGGUGGCUUGUCAGUAGUUUAAAUUUAAAAUGUACCGGACACUGCUGGCCGUGGCAAAAGCAUUUGUCAUCCUAAUCUAGGUUGUGCUGGAUGUAGAAACUAAGUCCUCGAAAAGAGAACAUCUGUCUUUACUGAAGGAUGAGCACCCUUGCUGUAAAUGAUGAAAACAUUGGAGACUGCUGUAGCCGAAAGCCCGUUGGUUUGGAGGUGAUCUGUGACAUCCUAUCAACUGCCCAGCCCACUGGAAGACCUUCCAUACUGCGCCAGUCCCAGAUGGAGAACAUGCCGUCCAAAAACAUGCCAAAGGCGAAGGUUUGUUUUCAGACGCCCCAGAGACACCCGGUCACAAAGAAGAUCAUGUCUCCCUCAAAUCGCCAAAAUUCUGGGGUUACGGAUUCUUCGGAUCUGUUUCAGUCAUUGGCUAAGCAGAUGGCAUCUUUGGAAAUCAAAGGGAGCCCUGUAAUGGAAAAAUCAAAACCAGGGUCCUGUGACAUUGGCAAGGCUGAAUCCCCCUUUUCAAAUGACAUGGUAAUCCAGACCAAAGGAGGGUACCAGCUGGAUUUCGACAACCUGGAAGCACUGAAUCCUUUUAAGUCCUCCAAUCUUAUGGGUAACUCCCCAGUGAAGAUUCCAAACCCUGCAGACCUUCAGACCACAGUGCAGGGCAAAGCCCAAGAUCCCUUCAAAUCAUCCAGUCUGGUGGGUAACUCCCCAGCGAAGACUCCAGUGCCUGAAGAACUUCAGACUUCUUUACAGAGUGAGCCUCAGGCCAAAACCACAGCCGGUAGUGCCCCCCAGACCCCUGAGCAGCGUGAAGUUAUGGAUCCGUUUAAAGCCUCCGAUCGGAUGGUCAACUCCCCAGUAAAUACCCAGACCUCGGCAGGGUUUCAGGCUACUGUACAAAGUGAAGCCAUGGAUCCUUUUAAAGCCUGCAGUCUGAUGACUAACUCCCCGGUCAAGACUCCAAUCCCUCCAGAAGUCCAGGCCACUGUACAGGUCGAAGCUCAAGAUCCCUUCAAAGGCUCUGAUUUGAUGGUCAAUUCCCCAUUGAAGACCCAGAUCUCUGCAGAACUUCAGACCGCUCCACACAGUGAUGGUAUUGAUCCAUUUAACCUCGCCAGUCUGAUGACAAACUCCCCAGUAAAGACUCCAACCCCUACAGACCUUCAGACCACUUUACCGAGUGAGCCUCAGGCCGAAAUCACGGCCAGUAUUGCCCCCCAGACCCCUGUGCAGCAUGAAGUCAUGGAUCCUUUCAAAGCCUGCAGUCAGAUCGUCAACUCUCCAGUAAAGACCCAGACCCCUGGAGAGCAUCGGACCCCUGUACAGUGUGAGACCAUGGGUGCUUUGAAAGCUUCCAACCUGAUGGUCAACUCUCCAGUCAAUAUCCGGACCCCUGUACAGUGCGAGGCCAUGGAUGCUUUUAAAGCUUCCAACAUGAUGGUCAACUCUCCAGUGAAGCCCCUGGUCUCUGCAGUGCCCCAGACCACAGGGCAGGGUGGGGCCUUGACGGACUGCGCUGAUGAGCAGCCAGGAACGGCGGUCGAAGCUGCUGGGCCGCUGGACGAAACCCUCCCCUUCUCAGAGCAUUCUCUGGCCGACUUGUCGACUGAGGUGCGCUCCACCGAGAGCACCGUGAUCAUCGACCUGAAGCAGAUGGGCGAGGAGUCCCAGAGCGAGGCGGGACUGGAGGAUGUGGCUGAGAUGCUGGAUCCCAAACAAGAUGGCCUGUUCAGCGGCGACAUUUCCCAGCCUGUGGAAACUCCCCCUGUAACACCGAGAGGGGCUUACGACUUCGAUUUCGACAACCUGGACUCUGUCAACCCCUUCCAAACUGGUGGCUCCAAACUUCAGAAUUCCCCUGUGAUUAAUAAGCCACAGCCCAGUAAUGCCCCACCUGCCAUUCCAGAGGUGCCUAAAGAGCUAGAUGUAGGCAAGGAGUCCGUCCUGCCGGAGAGCAAGCCUACUGCUUUGACACCGAACGUCCAGACGCCCAAGGCCUCGUACAGCUUUGAUUUCUCCCCUUUUGGCAUGGACUCAGAGAUGGAGAGCGCUCCCAAAUCUCGCACAAAAUCCAUUCCAAGCCUGACUGGAAAUGUGCAGGUAGAGACUUCUGUGCAAGAUGACAUUGGUGCUGAGAUUGCACUGGACAACACACCUGUUCAAAAGGAUAAUGCAAAGGAGGUUUUGCCCAGGGUUGGAGACGUCGCUCCUGUUAAAGUGGACUUGGUGAUGCCUGCCACAGAGGUAUGGGAGAAGACCCUUCUGGAAAAGAGCACCUCGGUCUCUGUUGAUGUGCCAGAGUGCCCAGCCAUUCCCGAGCCCAUUCCGGAGUCCAUUCCUGAACCCAUUCCCGAGCCCAUUCUGGAGUCCAUUCCUAAACCCAUUCCCAGGCAGCCCAUUCCGGAGUCCAUUCCUGAACCCAUUCCCAGGCAGCCCAUUCCGGAGUCCAUUCCUGAACCCAUUCCCAGGCAGCCCAUGUGGCAAACCCCAGAAAUCCCCGUCCGCCUGGGUCCCGCCGAGAACUCCCAGAACAGCCUUGCAGCAACGGAGGAAGAGUUUGUUCCUGGAGCUACGUUCAUGUCUGCUGAUUUUGGCCAGAUCGACUAUCUUGAACAGUUUGGAUCCAAAGGACUCAAGGAGUCUGCGCUGAGGAAGCAGUCUCUGUACCUGAAGUUUGACCCUCUGGUGAAUGGAAGCUCACCAGAGCCUGCCCUUCCUUGUGGUUUCAGGUUGGAGAAGCAGGCCGGUGGAGCCAAACCCAAGGAGGUGAGCAGCUCGGAGAAGCCAGACGCGUUCUUCUUGCUGGAGGGUUUCGCAGCACCGGCUGCAGCUCCCUUUGUGCCCAGUUCCUCCUCUACGUUCGACUCGCUGGUCCCCGCCCUCCCCAAACCCGCCGGAGAGGAAGCCGCCAUCAUAGAGGUCCUGAUGUACAGCCAGAGCGACCUGGAUGCCGUCAUCGCCAAGGUCAAAGCAGAGGCGAAAGCGAGGGAUGAAGAAUGGAAAGCAAAGUUUGACAAAUUGACGCAGGAUAACAAGGAGAUGGGGAACAUCAUGGCUGACUUUGAGGCAACAGUAUCUCAGGUUAUUGCGGACAGUAAGAAGCAGAAGGCGGAGGCCCAGAAGGAGCUGCAAAAGGUGGUCCAGGAGAAGGAGCAGGUGACGAUGGACCUCAACGCCAUGGAGCGCUCCUUCUCCGAGCUCUUCAGAAGGCUGGAGAAGUACAAGGAGGUCAUCGAAGGGUAUAAGAAGAAUGAAGACAUUCUGAAAAAGUGUGCCCAGGAUUACCUCGCCAGGAUCAAACAGGAGGAGCAGCGCUACCAGACCCUGAAAGUGCACGCGGAGGAGAAGAUCAGCCUAGCAAAUGAUGAGAUUGCACAGGUGCGCUCUAAGCUGAAGGCGGAGACGUCGGCGUUGCAGGCGCAGCUGCGCAGGGAGCAGCUGAAAGUCUGUUCGCUGGAGAAGAGUCUGGAGCAGAAGGCAAAGGAAACCGAAGAGCUCACCAAACUCUGUGAUGACCUCAUAGCGAACGUGCAGAAGCGCUGAACAUAACCACUGUCUUCGUCCUCGUCUGUCUUUUAUCCAUGUUUUUAAAUGUUGAAAGGAACACUUGACUAAUUAAUAAAAAUCAUUGACUGGC